GAGGCGUAUACAAAUUUUUUUUUGAUAUGUAUAUAAUAAGCAAAAAAAAAAAAAAUUAACUGCAAGGAAUAAAAAACACGCUUAAGUUCUAUUAUAAUACAAAUUUUGAUGGGGUUAGUCAGUAUUGACUGGAAUGAACCGGUAAACGCUGUAAAAGCCUUCUUCGAAAAAAAUAAGAUCAGUAUUAUUUUGGGUUCGAUUGGUGUUGUAGUUCUUUUAGUUGUUAUUUGUGUUUGUUGUAAAAGAUGCCGUCGAAAGCGAAAAAAGAACAAAAACCAAGAAAAAAUCAAGCUCAAAGGAUUAAAACCUUCGAAAAAAUUAAUGAGGAUUCAACCAAACAAGAAUGAAAGAAAAGCUAUGGAGGAGUUAGGAACCAUUAACUUUUCACUCCAAUAUGAUAUUGUUAGUGAAAUGCUGACAGUAAAGGUAAUAGAAACUAGCAAUGUACCUGUUCGUGAUAUAAGUGGUUACGCUUAUGCUUUUGUUGUUAUUAAGUUAAUGCCGUUUCAUGAGAACGAAGAGACUGAAUACAAAACACGAUUAGUUCGUGCAACAUUUUGGCCUGCGUUUGGAGACUUGUUUACGUUUAUAAUUAAAAAAGAAGAGUUAAGUUCUCAAGUUUUGUAUUUUUAUCAAUACGAACUGAACAGAUGGUCAAAACACGACGGCGUUGGAAUUUGUACAUUUGAUUUAAAAAGUGUAAAUUUUACUAAAGAAAAGGGUGAAGAACAGUUUUCACGAAAAUUGCGACAAUUUGAUCCACUUAUUGGUUUAGAAGUAGAAACUGGAGCAGUGUUUUUAGGGAUUGAUUACGACAGAGAAGAGUGGAAACUUAAAGUAACAGUCAAACGUGGGGACAUAGUUCCUAUGAAGCUAGAUCAAGAAAAAGCCAGUACGUAUGUUUCAUUAUCUAUCCUCAAUGGUCAAGAUGAACUUUUAGAAAAGAAUCGGACUGACGUUCAAAAAGGAAGCAUCCAUCCUAUUUUUGAUCAAGAAAUCUUUUUUCAAGUUCCAGAUGAAAUGUUAGGAGAUAUGCGUCUAGUUAUCACUUUAAAGUGUAAAAAGUUGUUAACAAAAUCUCAAGUGAUUGGUUUAUUUAAAAUCUUACCUACUAACGAGUACUGGAAACAACUUAUAGAGACAGGUCAUACAGAAGGAUGGUUUUCUGUUUUCUCUAAACCUAAAAGCAAGUAAUAAUUUAAAAAGGAUUUUUGAAAAAAAGUAUUUAUCUAUUUAUAUUUACCUCCAUUUUUUAAAAAGCAGAAUUAACAACAAAAAAGAAAGAUUCCUAUGACAACGUUAAUUGACGUCACAAAAACUUUUGUUAGAGUUUUAUCAUAUGUAAAAGAAAGAUUUAUAAUGCAUUGUUAAUAAUUAUUUUUUAUGUAUAAAAUACAAAUUCAUGAUUGCAUUUUUCUACAAAAAUCUAUACAGCUUAGCGACGAUAGUAUAAGCUCGUUAUAAUUCAACGUUUAGGCACACACGAUUUGCGAUGUGAGAACUUGAUUAGAUUUUUUUUUAUCUUGUAACUAGAAAUAUAUACAUAUUUUGUAAAUUUAGUUUGUAGAAUUUUUUAAAA